AUGGAUGUUGUAACACCAUUUGCAGAAACAUAUGUAUGCGGAGAUUGGGCAGCAAAAGACAACAAAAAUCGAGUUGUGAAAUUAAGUGAGCAUCAAGUACCAUUGCUUUUGGUUCCUAACACAGAAAGUGAUAAUAAAGAUGAAUGGAGUGUGUAUGAUGUGUUGAAUAACAAAUUCUUGUCAUCAAAACCAAUACUUCCUCCAAAUAUUUGUGGUUCAUCUCAAGGAUGGUUACUUAGUCAAGAUGAAAACUUCAAUUUAACACUGUAUAAACCCUUUGCACAAAGACAAAAUAAAAAGGAGAAUAAUAAUCAUAAUAAUACAACAGUUAUUGAACUUCCACCAUUGUUUGAAACUACUGCAGAUUCAGGUUUAAGUGAUUUCUUUCCUCGUGAAUAUCUAAUUAGGAAGAUGGCAAUAUGUACACCAGACCAAUCCCAUUCCCAAAAUUUUAAAGUAUCAGUUAUAUGUGGAACACAGAGUGAUUGUUGUUCUACUAUAAAUAUAACAAGUUGUAAGGUUUCCAAAGAUUCUUUAUGGACAGGUUUUGAAAUCCCACAUAGUAAGGUGCCAACAAAGUUUAAAUUGAAUGAUAUUAUGUUCUACAAGAACAACCUUAAACUCCAACCCUAUGAAGAACUUGAGAUUGAUGGAAAACCUUUUUCUUAUUCAAAAUAUUUAGUUGAAUCAUUUACGGGAGACUAUUUGAUUGUUAAGAGGUUUCGAAAAGUCGAGGCUUUUCAUUUGACCAGGUAUUUUAUGGUUUUCAAAUUAAGAUCUGAUGACCAAAAAUUUGAGAAGAUGGCAAAUUUGGGUGAUGAGGCCUUGUUUUUAGGUGAUAAUACUUGUAUUUCUGUUCAGGCUUCACAUUUUCCUGGGUGCCAAAAGAAUUGUAUUUACUUUACUCAUGACAAAGAUCCUAGAGAAAAUUAUAAUGGGCCUUACGAAUUGGGUGUUUACAAUAUGGAAACUAGAAAGUGCACAAAAAUUAUUAAUUUCGAUUUUGAUGCAAUCAUUAAAAUGGAUCGAAGAAGACCAAUUUGGAUUUUACCUACUCUGUUUAUAUGA